GGUAGAUUUUCUACCAGUUUUAUUAGACAGAGAUAGAAUCAAGAUUCAUCACUUCAUUCCUAGUCUUUUUAAAUAAUGCACUUCCAAGAUAGCACAUUGCCAACGUAAUAUGUGAUUGCAUAUACUACACUUGUAUUAUCUCUGCAUUGCCUACAGCGAGUAAUAAUUAGUACUUACCAAAUUAUCAAUAGGUUGCGCUGCUUGUAAUUCUCGUUUUUGUACUUAAAAUGUGUGGGAAUCCCAAAUGGAUGAACUUAUUGCAGUUUGUGACAGCAGUCAGUCAAUAAGUCUAAAAUAGUAAUUGAAUAAAAAAACAGAGUAGCAAGUGUGCAUUGCGGCUAAAAUAUCUGCAAAAGCUGAAAGUGCGCAUCAAGAAAUUUCAAUAGAAGCUGUGAUAUUCAUCUUGAAAUCUACCAAAUGUUACGUUUACCUUCGUCUCAAUAUGGAGACAGAUCAACUGAAACAAUUGCUAGCUACUGAAACAAAAACUAUAAAUUGAUCUAAAAAGAAGCAGGCGAGCACAAUAAAAGCUUGUAAAAGCAUCGUCUGGUCAAACAAUCGACGAUACGGAACAACGGAAGCCAUCAAAUUUAUACGCGAUGCAAUUUCAGACAAUCCCAACUGCGAUCUUUGGCAUUUCAUUUUGGGCAAGCUAUUGCGACGCGAAAGACACGAUGUAAAAAGCUUAUAAUAUGAUGAAAAAUCCCGUCUAUGGGGUACGUAUUCCUUGCCCAAGUUUAUCGCGAGGAGAGCAAUACAUACAAAGUUCGGAGAAUGUAUGAAAGAGUUUUACGUGAUAAUCCUCAGAGCGAUGCAAUUUUGCUAAGAAUAGCCUUGGGUUUCAUGACUUUGAGAGAUUUUCAGAAGCCGAAAUUUUGUCUUGAUAAGGCAGCAAAAAAUUCCAGUGAAAAAAGUAUGUUCCUGCAUUAUCAAGGCCUGUAUCAUUUUAAGCAGCAACAAUACAGGGAAGCUUCUCAAUUUUUUAAAGAAACAACCAAACUUGAAAAUCUGCCGGCCGAAUAUAAUUAUAUGAUUGCUAUACUAAAAAUCGACAGGCUUUUUGAUGUCAUGCAUCAAUUGCUACAAAUGUUUGAUAAGUACAAGAAUUGGCCAAAGGAUUCCUUACAAAAAAUUCUGUUAGAAUUAGCGUUUGUCUAUUUCAAAAAGGAUAGAAACUUAGAGGAGUCUCUGAAGUACUUUUUAGAAGCAAUAGAAAUAAACUCGGAUGCCAAGUCCCUCGAGGAUUUUUCUUCUUGUCAUUGCUACAACAGAGAAAAGAAUAUUUUUAAAAUUCUGAGCUCAGAUGCACUGCCUCUUGUUCUUAGGCAAACAAAGAAGUUUAAUAAAAGAACGUGUGAAAGGGCAGAACAAUUAAAAGACUAUUGUUACAAGUAUAUGGCUGAAUUUGAAGAGAUUAAUCAUGCCUUUGGCAGACUUCGUUUCUGAAAGUAAGUUUUGUAAACUGGUGGCUCGACUAUAUUGUUUCAAGAUUUUAUAAAUAUAUUCGUCCGAAGAAAAGAAUGCUGUAAAGUCAAAUACGUCGAAAAGCUUUUGGAGAACAGAGCUGAGCUCAGUUGAAAAUACUCUAUAUGCCUUGGAUAAAGAUAAUAGCAGGGUGGACCCAAUGUUGCGGGGUCUAUUCCAAUCAAACAAAGGCUUGCAUUUUCACAAGUUCAACGCAUUUUACGAAUUGUUGAAGAUAAAUGCUGAAGUUCACGGAUCAGCUGAUUUUCAUGAAGACGUUGACAAGUGCUCGACCACAAGGCUAAUGAUGCUCGAUUCUUAAGCUUAAGACUCAUCAGCAACGCUCUGAACUUUACACAUCCAAGCGACGAAUUUUUUAAGAAGUCUCUGUCUUACUUUUGAAUAAACGUUGACUAUCUUGCCUUAAGUGGCAGGUUAGUUAUUAUUAAAAAAGA